UCCCUCGCGGAACGGAUGCUCAUCUCCGCGCGUGCGUGUGUAGGAGUGCCGUGACGUGACUUUUUUCACUCCCAUAUUCCCAGUAUCGUCUCAUAAGCAUAACGGAUUUGGAAAACAUCACCAUCACAAGUGCAUCGAUCAUUGAAUGGAAAGUGGGUUUAUUAGAUGCGAGUGGGCGCGUGCAUCGGCAACAUAUUAUUGGGUGAGCGCUCGAGAAGGUUUUUAAAUAUUAAAAUUUGACGUUGGUGAUCUGAAAAAAGAAUCUCCAUGGCAGAAAACAAUUUCCCUCCUCUUCCACGGUUCAUUCCACUGAAACCAUGUUUUUACCAAGACUUCAACGAGAUCCCAGACCACCAGCGUACAAUGUGCAAACGACUGUAUUACCUAUGGAUAUUGAAUAGUGCCACCCUAGCAGUGAACCUGAUUGGCUGUCUAGCAUGGAUGUGCGGAGGGGGCGGGGCAACCAAUUUUGGGAUGGCCAUUCUGUGGCUAAUACUGUUCACCCCAUGCUCAUACGUGUGCUGGUUUAGGCCCAUCUACAAGGCCUUCAAGACGGACAGUUCUUUCAACUUCAUGGCAUUCUUUUUUGUCUUCAUGGCGCAAGUGGUGAUUAGUAUCAUCCAGAGUGUUGGAAUCCCAGGAUGGGGAGUGUGUGGCUGGCUGGCCACCAUCACUUUUUUCAGCACUAAUAUUGGCUCUGCUGUUGUUAUGCUGAUUCCAACCAUAAUGUUCACCGCCGUGGCUGUUCUCUCGUUCAUUGCGCUCACCAAGGUUCACAACUUGUACCGUGGCAGCGGGGGCAGCAUGAGCAAGGCUCAGGAAGAAUGGACCACCGGCGCUUGGAAGAACCCUCACGUCCAACAGGCAGCACAGCAGGCAGCUAUGGGGGCUGCGCAGGGGGCCAUGCAGGGUCAACAGUACUCGGCUGCCCCAACUUACAACUAUGAUGAGCCAAUGUAGAUCCUUUUCAGCCACAAUGGGGGGAGGGGACAGAAACAGGGUAUUUGGAGGGGGCGUUCCAGAGGGCUAAAGUCAGUGGU